CGAGUAAACUUUUUGUCGAAAUUAUAAAAAUAGAAAGCACCACGUGACAUAACAGUGCGUAACCGGAUGUAAAGAUAUCAUUUCCGGGUCGUAUCUCACAUGUAACUCCAGCGGUAAUCAUAAAACAUUUAACUUUGGGACAAAACAGUAAUAGUGAACGACUGGCGAGUGCAUUUAUUUUAAAUACACCGAGAGGCGCUAACAUUUGCGGCAGAUAGUAAAAGUCACCUCUCACUGAACAGUUCACUGAAGGAGGACAGAGGGGUGACUUAAUAAAUUAAGCCCUACUUGUGUUUUACCUUGUUUCUUUUGCAUUAGCAUUUAAGGUUCAUUUGGGCUGCUAAUGGUCUGUAAAGAGGAGUCAGAUCUGUACUCAUGAGGAUUCAUCACUGUAAUAGACAGUAUUUGGACUUACCCUCAUUUGGACCAGUCUGUCCUCCUCAUGCUUCCCAUCAUGUUGACUUGCUGUGUCAGAAACGUCUUAUCAAGGCGUCUCUCCAGAUUAAAAGCCUCACAGUGCAUCUUAACGCCGACCCUGCAGUACACCAGGAGACACUGCAGUACAUCAUCAACUGAGGACGUGGAUCUGGUCAGGACUUUGAUGCAGCUUUGUGUGGACAGAUACUAUAUUUCACCUGGUCAGACUAACGUAGAUCUGUUUCGGCGUGGGAUGAGCUGCAGGUAUGGACCUCUGGGCAUGGAGCUGAGGAGGAACCUGCUGGACCAGUGGUGGCACGCUGUGACCAGGUCCACGGUUCAGGUGUUUGGGAUAAAUACUCUGAGUAGCAGCGAGGACACAGCAACAGAUGGACGGGGACAACUGAGGAUUGUUGAGUCUGAACAUGUCAAACAAAUACUUGAACAGCAAGACUUGAGCAAGGAGCAGCUUGUCCAGGAGGUACGACGGCUUCUUCAGAGAUCUCCAUCUGUGAGGACAAACUUUCUUCAAGGUGCUUUGGAGGAGUUUGUUCCUUCAUUGGAGCUGGUGAACAGGAAGCUGCCCUUCGGCCUGGCUGAGACUGGUCUGUGUUUCCAGCCCUCAGAUGGCUCUGGUUGCCCAGCUGAACUUACCCAGACGUCUCUAGUGUGGUUCUGCUCUCCUCGUACCUCUUCCCAGUGGCUGGAUCACUGGACACGACAGAGACUCAAGUGGUGGAGGAAAUUUGCCCUGUCUCCAUCGGACUUCAGCAGUAGUGACGUCCCAAAAGAGGAACUCGAGGAGACGGUGUCUCGUGGUGUGAGGAUCACGUACAACUUCCCGUGGGGACAGGAGCCUCUGGAGGAGCUGUGGAGCAGAGGAAACACAGAGCUGUUGCAGACACACAAAGGAGUUCGUUCCAAACUACAGUGUCGAGAUGGUCGCAAGUCAGUUCCUUGUGUUGUCUCUGUUACCGGGAACAUGGACCGUGGUGUGAUGGCCUUUCUGUCCAACUCACUCCAGCAGGUCAAGAAAGAACACGGCAAGCAGAAGCUGCAGCAGAGAAAGGUUCUGAAGUUGCAUCCAGUGUUGGCACCAGUCAAAGUGGCUUUAGACAUUGGCAGGGGAGCCACCAUGGAGCUGAGACAGGUGUGUGAAGGGCUGCUGCAGGAGUUUAUGGAGGCUAAGAUCUCUGCGUGGCCUGGGUAUCUCAAAAGUCUGCCAACAGUGGAGCAGCUGAACGCAAAGUAUGAUGAGAUGGGAGUGCUUUUCACUGUUGUGAUCAGUGAGAACACACUGGAGAGUGGCCUCAUUCAAGUCCGCAGUAGAGACACCACCAUCAAAGAGACCAUGCACAUCUCUGAAAUCAAGAACUUUCUCUCCAGGUACAUUUCUGCUGCCGACAACAUCUGAAUGGACUUUUUAUACCAGCAACUAAAUGGAUGGUCAACACAUUGUGCCACUUCAGUUUUGCACCCCUUCUAGGAACAAAACUGUUGCACAUUUACAAUUCAUAAACAUAUUGUCCUGAAUUGGUUCACUCUCUAGGUACUUCCCAGGCAAAAAGGUGGAUAACCCGUCCUCUUUUUGUGUUACUGUCUGAAUUCAACAGGGUGGUAUUUAUACUACAGAAGGAUUUGUAUAAAUGUUUGGGGUCGUUAUUUUUGUCUCACUUUCUAAUAAAAUAUACAAAAUGUCU